AUGCCAGUCAUUCCUUUCUUUCCAAACUUUCCUAGCGACGGCCUUGAGCUAUUGGGUAGCACAUGCCAGACUCAACUGCCUUCCCUUGUGCCUUUGGGUGCAGCUGGACAGUAUAUUCCUCAGCAGUAUACUCAGCUUCCUCACACUCCGCAGACUCAGUAUACUCCAUCUCAGUAUGCUCCGUCUCUAUAUGCACAGAGUCAACCGGCUUCGCCAUUUGCUACUGUCCAGCAAAGGCCAAUGUCUGCUCCUCAACCGGGAGGCCAUGAUUCCUACAACAUGCUCCCGUCACUUCAGCAACCAGCCUUAGCGGCAAAUUCAGGCUACCAGCUGCCUAGCCAGCCAGCUCUCACUUCACCCAGUUUAUAUAUGCCCAUCUCAACUUCGUCAAUGUACCAACCAUCUUUGGUAACUCCUAUCGUCCCUUCAUCGACUACGAGCAACUACCAUCCCACCUCUGGCCAUGGUCAUGCUCACUCGUUAUCCUUGACCUCGACUCCAUCUAUCUACGACCAAAAGAGCAGCAACCCGCGGACCCUGCCACAGCCUCUUAGUGCCGGUCGAGUCCUUUCUACACUUGGUGCUAUCCCACCGUCUGGUCUCUCUCUUUUCGGCCUUACUCCUGAGCAACAAGCCUUCUUCCAACAGAGGAGACUUCCACCACCUCCUCCACCUCAGCCUAGGGUCUACAGCUUUGAAAACUCCACUCAGACCACCAUAGCUGAGACUUUAGCUAUAAACAAGGAGAAGAAAGCCAACUCCCCUCGCUCCGGCCGCUCCGUUUCCCCUACCUCUGUUGCCUAG